AUGGGUUUCCGUUUACUUGCAGCUAUUAGACGUGCUUCAUUUAGCAAUAGCCAAACAUUAUCAAAAGUCACGAAUGUGCCAAAGGGCUAUCUUGCGGUGUACGUGGGAGAGGAAAUGAAGCGGUUUGUGAUCCCCACAUCAUACUUGAACCAACCUUCAUUUCAAAACUUGUUGAGUGAAGCCGAGGAAGAAUUCGGCUAUGAUCAUCGAAUGGGCGGUCUGACAAUUCUUUGCACGGAACAUGUUUUCUUGCAUAUUACUUGUUGCUUCAAUGGUGUACAAAUCAGCAACUGCAAGAGACUAACAUAG